CAACAGAUGAACCUCGCCCGACACUCCAUCACUGCAACGAACCCAGUGAACCUGUUUGAUGUCCGUUUUGAUGCUGAUUGCCAGAUAUUCACCACCUCAACACCUGCCGGAUUCGCGGUCUAUCGGGCGAACCCUUUAGAGCUGCUUCGGAAACGAGAAAUAACAGGCGGCACGCUUUCUGCGGCAGUUCCUCUUCACUCGUCGUCUCUUCUAUUUCUCUUGGGAGGAGGAGGAAGUCCUCGAUAUCCGCCAAAUAAAGUCGUCUUCUGGGACGAUGCCCUUGGUCAGGAGGUCGCAGAGCUAGAGUUCAGAGAGAAGGUACGGGGAAUCACUUGCAGGCGAGGAUGGCUUGCAGUGGCGCUGCGUAGACGAGUGGUCGUCUUCGAGAUUGGAGCCGCCGUGACGCGAUAUGGCGAAUGGGAUACUUGUGACAAUCCGAGAGGUUUGCUUGCAAUCGCGACAGGCCCGUACGCGACGCUGCUUAGCGUUCCAGGGCGACAGACAGGCCAUGUACAACUGAUUCACCUCCCACCUUGUCGCCCUCCAGAGCCUAUCGGUCCUCCUCCUUCUAUCCCACCACGCCCUCCCCCGCAGCCCACUAAGCAUCCACAUUCGAUCAUCGUAGCACACAACAGUGCGUUGACGACGCUGGCCGUCCCCCCAUCCGGGCGUCUAUUGGCCACGACCUCAUUGCGGGGUACCUUGGUCCGCAUAUGGGACACAGCCACGGGAAAGCAGAUCCGAGAGUUGCGUCGCGGGACGGAUCAGGCUGAGAUAUACGGAGUCGCUUUUCGGCCUGAUGAGACUGAGCUGUGUGUUUGGAGCGACAAGGGCACUAUUCACGUGUUCGCGCUCGCUAUACGCUCUGGCGCAAACCGACAGUCGUCACUGUCGUCGUUGACCCCUUACUUGCCUCUCCCCAAGUACUUCGAUUCGGAAUGGUCCUAUGCACAGUUCCGUAUACCAACGCAGUCGUCACACAUAUCGCUAUCGCAACAGACCUCGCAACACCGAUCAAACACCGACCUUGUAGGAGAGGAGAAAUGUACCGUCGGCUGGAUUAGGCACGUUUCUAGCGAGGAUAUAACCCAGCCAGGAUCUGCGUCGACGGUCGAGCAUCAACUCAUAGCUCUCACGUUUAAUGGCGGAUGGUAUCGACUAUCUGUCCCACGCGGAGUAUCUUCAUCCAGUACUCCAGGAGCUUCAUCUCGUUCUGCCAUCCCUACAUCCCGUUCGCCUCCUAGUGUGAAAUCCUUACACAUGCCAAGGCCCCGGUCCGGUAGUGGUUCAUCCUUCUCCAGUCGAGCAGACAAGGGAAAGGGUCGAGAGAGCGAUCGGGAGAAGGAAAGUCGAGAUUGUGUAUUGCAGGAGUUUCGACGAUUUGGAAGAUGGGACGGAUGGAGCUGAAUGAUCAAUACUCAGUGCACAGUAGGCAGAACUAGACGGUUUGUCAGAGAAGGGUUGUUGUGGGCUUGUGGGCUUUGUUUUCGCACUUGGUUUAACCAUGCAUAUUCACGUGUAUAAGUACUGCAUAUGGCUCUUGGCUUCCAUAACAUAUUGUACGAUUAUUUACUCAUCUCAUUGCU